CUGCCAGAGAGACAGGAACUUCGCGAGGCGAUCGGACAGCAGACAGGGAACCCAGCUCAACACCACGGCCCACUGACUCAACUCCCUCCGCCCGCAGGACAGACAAGCCGAGGAGCCUUUGCCCCGUCUAUUGCCGAGAGCCGCUGCCGAGCAUGGCCGCACGAAUGGGACCCAGCAGCUUCGCCGUGGCGCUGCUUGUCGCCCUCCUCUGCUCGGAGGUGUCCGGCCAGGACUGCAGCGGGCAGUGCCAGUGCGGGGCGGGGCCGCCGCCCAUGUGCCCGGCUGGGGUGAGCCUGGUGCAGGAUGGCUGCGGAUGCUGCAGGGUGUGCGCCAAGCAGCUGGGCGAGCUGUGCACCGAGCGGGACCCCUGCGACCACCACAAGGGGCUCUUCUGCGACUUCGGCUCGCCGGCCAACCGCAAGAUCGGCGUGUGCACCGCUCGGGACGGCGCCCCUUGUGUGUUCGGAGGGAUGGUGUACAGGAGCGGGGAGUCCUUCCAGAGCAGCUGCAAAUACCAGUGCACUUGCCUCGACGGGGCGGUGGGGUGCGUGCCCCUGUGCAGCAUGGAUGUCCGGCUGCCCAGCCCAGACUGUCCUUCCCCACGAAGAGUUAAGCUCCCUGGGAAGUGCUGCGAGGAAUGGGUGUGCGAUGAGCUCCGAGAACAGACGGCGGUUGGACCUGCUCUAGCUGCUUACAGACCAGAAGACACUUAUGGACCUGACCAAGCAAUGAUGAUGCGUGCCAACUGCCUGGUCCAGACCACGGAAUGGAGUGCUUGCUCAAAGACCUGUGGAAUGGGCAUCUCCACCAGAGUCACCAAUGACAAUGCCUUCUGCAGACUGGAGAAGCAAAGCAGACUCUGCAUGGUCAGACCUUGUGAGGCAGACUUGGAGGAAAACAUCAAGAAAGGCAAAAAGUGUAUUCGCACCCCCAAAAUCUCCAAGCCCAUCAAGUUUGAGCUCUCCGGCUGUACCAGUGUGAAGACCUAUCGAGCUAAAUUCUGUGGGGUCUGCACUGAUGGACGUUGCUGCACCCCCCACAGAACAGCCACUCUUCCUGUGGAGUUCAAAUGCCCUGACGGUGAGGUCAUGAAGAGGAGAAUGAUGUUCAUCAAGACCUGUGCAUGCCACUACAACUGCCCUGGAGACAAUGACAUCUUUGAGUCUCUGUACUACCGAAAGAUGUAUGGAGACAUGGCAUAAAGCAGGAGACACUAGGCUCUCAACUUGACCUGACUGGCAUCUCAUUUUGUAAACAUGAUUCGAUAGCACAAAGUAUUUAAAUCUGUUUCCAAAAAGUUCAGACUGUUCCAUGUGACUUAAGACAAAUUGUCUUCCGACCCCAAACAUUGGUUUGAAGAAGAAAGUAAAAUGGCUCAUGGGACCACAGCAAAGCACAGCUUCAGAGGACACUGUUCAUGGAGUGGUGUUUAGGGCGUACUAGGGGGCAUAUGCAGGAAGAUCAAUGUUCCCUUAGUAUGGUAACGUGUGUUCCACCUAGUAGUGCAAUUGAAGAAGAGACCCUUAGCAUGUGUGCUGACACUGGUUGAGUGACAGCAAUGGCGGGAAUGUAAAUCAUUACCCAGCAAGGUGCUAAGUAAAAUGUGUUCUGUUGGUCAGGACUGUAACGUUUCAGCUUUGACACUGAUUCAAAUGACUUGUUCAAGAAGAAUCAGAAUCAUGUCUAUUUGACUGGACAGCUUGUGGCAGUUAAUUUGCCUGUAACAAGCUAGAUUUUUAUUAAUAUUGUAAAUACUGUAUAUAUAUGUACAGUUAUCUAAAUUAAUUUAAAGUUUUGUGCCUUUGUUAAUGCUUUGAUACUUUAAUGUUACCUUUUUUUGUUUGUUUUGAAAGAAAUAGGUAGGACGUAAAGCUUGUCUGACAAUGCAUUCAAAGCAUGAAAUAGAUCCUCUAAUGGAAAUUGUUCAGUUAGGGUGACCAGUGAAUCAAAAUCAAGACAGAUUGUUUGCUAAAGAUGAGGUGCCUGCAUCCUUGGGAAACAUCCAUUUGUAUGGUAAAAAUAUGGUUGCCUCAGCUUUAGUGAACAAAUGGCUUUAAGUAAAAUGAAUGGCUCUUUUGUAGCUGAUCAGUUUAUCCACCUGAGAGCAUUUGUUUCUUUCUUUGACCGUGGCUGUUCUUUGAACAGUUUAUUUGUUGAGAAGUGUGACCAAAAGUUACAUGUUUGCACCUUUCUAGUUGAAAAUAAAGUAUUAUAUUUUUUAUAUAAAUGACUUGGAAUUUCAUUUGCCCAACACUAUCCCCCUCCCUUCCUACAUAUUCAUCAAUACAAGGGUUUAUUUUGUGAUAUAUAAAAAUCAAUGUUUUGUUGGUGGGUUUUUUGGUUUUUGUUCCCCAGAAAUCAAUACACUGAGAAUUAAACUUCAUAUCUCUUUCAACACAAUAAACUUGCCAGCUCAUAAUCACAGGUAGGUCAAUGAAAGAUGGGGGAGGGAGCAUUUAGUCUUUCAAACUUUAAAUAGGGGUCCUGGAGAGUUGAACUCAACACUGUUAAGGCACAGCUGUUCUUCUUUUUAAGGCACAGCUGGUUCAUCAGUAACUAGGGCAUGUAUAUUAUAGCACUAAGUGGCUUUAGACUUCAGCUAUCUAGGUUUUUAUGUCUGUCAUGAUGGUAUCUCAGCACUAUGCUAUGCAACAUCUAUGUAUGCUGUUCAGUGUUACUGGACUUUUUUAAUAGUUAAGCACCUAGAUUCCUUCUGAGCUAAAUUAUAGGGAAUAUUUUUAAAGCAUCAUUAAAUUGAAACAGUGUCUCAUUUUUGGGGUCAAAUCAAGAAGUCUUUACUUUGGUAAAACUUCCAUUGAAGAGCCAGUGGGAUUUCUGUUUGUAUGAAGACAAUAAUGUGGCUUAAUGGAUAGAGCCCUGUACUGAGAUUCAGGAGAUCUUGAUUCUAUUCCUGGUCCUACCUCUGGUCUGCUGGGUGGCCUUGGGCAAGUUACUUCACUGUUGUGCCUCAGUUUUCCCCAUUGGUAAAAUGGUGAUACUGACCUCCUUGGUAAAGCACUCUGAGAUCAACUGAUGAAGGGAGCUAGGUAUUAUUAAAAGGUGCCGGCUGGGAACUUAAAACCCAUCUUAGGUAAGCAAAACAGAGUAAGUCAAGAGAUGAGCCAUCUGUACCUCAAAUACUAGCUAUGAACUUCAACCCUGUGUUAAUUCUGUCAUCAGAGUAACAUACAUUUUUAUACUCUUGCCUAUUAAAAGAAGGAACUUUAAAACCAA